AUGUCUUAUCACCAAGAAAGCAACUCAAAAACAGACCUCACGUCAAAUCCUAAAACCAAGGAAUCUCAAGAAGACAUUACCUUCUUACAAUUAUUUCGUUAUGCAACUCCGUUUGAUCGAGCCAUCGUUGCUUUAGGAACUAUAUUGGCAUUACUCAAUGGAGCUGCUAUGCCUUUGUUGACUAUUAUCUUCUCAGAUGCAAUACAAGCAUUCUCGAUGUUCACAUUAUCAGUUAGAGAAAAUGGUUUUACUGAGGCAGCUGCGGAUAAUUUGUAUAGUACGAUAAUGUCAAAGGUGAAAUUAUUUUUGAUUCUUGGGGUAGUAGUAUUAGCUAUUUCUUAUAAACAGAUGGCAAUAUGGAUGAUUUUAGGAGAGAGGCAAGCCAAGCGCGUUCGUCAAAUAUACUACGAGGCAAUCUUACGCCAAGAUAUCUCCUUCUUUGAUUCUGUUUCUACUGGUGACAUAAUAACUCGUAUUUCCUCCGACAUCAACCUUUUUCAGGAGGGUAUCUCUGAGAAAGUUGGUUUAGUAAUACAAUAUGUUUCUACUUUUAUCACUGGGUUUAUUAUUGGAUUUACUAAGGGAUGGCUACUUACGCUUGUUUUAUGUUCUGUGUUUCCGCUUUUGGCAAUCACUGGUGGUUUUAUGGGUAAAUUACUUGCGGCCUCAACCCUACAAGGACAAGAUGCCUAUGCGGCAGCCGGUUCAGUGGCAGAACAAGUCCUCUCCGGCAUUCGUACUGUAACCGCGUUCGGUGGUCAAGAGCGCGAGCUACGGCGAUAUGUCAGCAAAUUGCAAGUUGCUUACUUCGCGGGUCGAAAGAAGGCUGCUAUUACUGGAGUAAGCCUGGCGUCUAUAUUGUUUAUCGUUUUUUGUGCUUUUGGACUAGCAUUUUGGUAUGGAAGUAUAUUAGUUGUGGAUGGAAAGCUCAAUGGUGGACAAGUGUUGAACGUAUUCUUUUCUAUUCUCAUCGGUGCUAUAUCACUUGGUCAUGCUUCACCAAAUAUUUCGGCAAUUGGAAAUUCUCUCGGUGCAGCAAAAAACCUCUUCAGCGUUAUCGACAGAGUGCCCGUUAUCAAUUCCGCCGAUCCCUCGGGUACAAAACUUACGAAAUCAUCGGUUAAAGGAAGACUGGAAUUUAGAAAUAUUGAUUUCUAUUAUCCAUCACGACCCGACGUUCAAGUCCUCAAAAACUUCAAUCUUGACAUCGAAGCCGGUCAAACAAUAGCACUAGUUGGUGGUUCUGGUUCCGGAAAAUCCACUAUUGUCGGCUUGUUAGAAAGAUUCUAUAACCCUACUAAGGGGCAGAUAUUCCUUGAUGGUGAAAACAUUAAUGAUAUUAAUAUUAAAUCAUUGAGAGCGCAAAUAGGCCUUGUCGGACAGGAACCAGUUUUAUUUCCGGAGAGUAUUCGACAGAAUAUAGCGUGGGGAACGGCCCCUGAUACCCCGGAAGCCGAUUUAGACGAGAUUAUUGAGGCGUGCAAGAAGUCUAAUGCACACGAAUUUAUUAAUGAUUUACCAAAUAAAUAUGAUACAAAUGUUGGCGAGAAGGGAUCUUUGAUGUCUGGAGGUCAGAAACAAAGAAUUGCAAUUGCUCGAGCUUUAAUUAAAGACCCCCCGAUAUUACUACUUGACGAAGCCACUUCUGCUUUAGAUACGGAAUCUGAGCGCUUAGUCCAGGAAGCUUUAGAUGCAGCGUCAUCUAAUCGAACGACUAUAGUGAUAGCUCACCGUCUUUCUACUAUAAAAAAUGUUGACAAAAUUGUAGUCAUGUCUAAAGGAGAGAUUCUUGAGGUUGGUCAUCACGAAGAAUUAAUUUCCAAGCGUGGAGUAUACUAUGGAUUAGUGCAAGCUCAAGAAUUAAAGACUAAAGGAGAUACCUCGAAAUCAGUAUUAUUCCCUGAAGAUGAGAAGGACGAAGAUUUGUUGGAUUAUAAGCGUGAUAACAAUAACAUAAAAAUAACAGUUGAAGAUGAGAAAAGACUAGAAAUGGCUUUAUGUAAGAUUUCCACAAAUGAAUCAAUCACAAAAUCCAUUAUAGAGAAAGAAUUCAAGGAAAAGGCUAAACAACCAGCGCCGUUUACUCGGGUCUUUAAAUUGCAAAGACCCGAAUAUGUAUUGAUGUUCUUCGGAGCUGUUAGUGCAGCUAUAAACGGAACAAUUAUGCCCCUUUUUUCAAUUAUCUUUGCUACUUUACUGGAUGUAUUCUCAAAAAUUGAUAGGCCUCAUGAACUUCGCCACGAUGCAAACUUCUGGGCCUUAAUGUUUAUUUUAUUAGGCAUUGCUUCAUUUCUCGCCAAUUUUUUUCAAAAUUUCCUCUUCAUUCUUUCCGGUGAAAGGCUUACAAAACGUCUUCGUACGAUAACGUUUGAAAAACUUCUCAAACAAGACAUUGGAUAUUUCGAUGAUGAGAGGAACAGUACGGGCAUAUUGACCUCUAAAUUGGCGUUAGAUGCUUCAAGAGUGGAAGGGUUAACGGGGACACUUAUGGGCAGUAUAUUGCAGACGGGGACCAAUAUGAUUGCGGGAAUGAUCAUCGCGUUUGCAUCUGGUUGGAAGCUAGCAUUAGUCGUCCUCGCAAUAACCCCAGCCAUUCUCAUCUCUGGAUACAUUCAAAUGAAAGCAUUGGCUGGUUUUGGUGCCAAGACAGCUAAAGCAUAUGAAGAAAGUGGUCAAAUCGUACAACAAAGCGUCUCUAAUAUUCGAACCAUCGCAUCAUUGACUCGCGAAGACACUUUCAAAGACCUCUACAAAACUUCCAUCCGGAAACCACAUCGAAUUUCCCUUAAGGGAAGCAUCAUUUCGUCAAUUGGAUUUGGUUUGUCACAAGGGGCAAUGUUUUUUGUUUAUGCCUUAGCUUUCUGGUAUGGAGAAAGGCUGAUCGAAAAUCAAGAAUAUAAUAUGAAACAAAUGAUGAAGGUUCUUUUUGCCAUUGUAUUCAGCUCAAUUGCUGCCGGACAAGCGAGCACUUUUGCGCCAAAUUCCGCGAAAGCCAAAAUUGCUGCCCUCUCGAUUUUUGAAAUUCUUGAUCAUCAUUCUCGAAUCGACCCAACUCAAAACGAAGGUAAAGACCGUCCAACUCCUGUUACCGGCUCCGCGAAUAUUCGAGACGCCUACUUCAACUAUCCUGCUCGUCCCAAUAUAAAAAUCCACUGCGGCCUUAAUUUAUCCAUAUCACCCGGUCAAACCGUAGCACUAGUUGGUGGAUCUGGUUCGGGCAAAUCCACUGUAAUUUCCUUACUACUUCGGUUUUAUGACGUACAGAGUGGUGAAGUUAACAUGGAAAAUGUAAAUGUAAAACAAUGGAACUUGGAAUAUUUGCGAAGAAACAUGGCAUUAGUUGGUCAGGAGCCUGUGUUGUUUGAUUUAACUAUUGGAGAGAAUAUUGCCUAUGGAAAAGAAGAAUGUACUCAAGAAGAGAUUUUGGAAUCAGCAAAGAAGGCGAAUAUACAUACUUUUAUUUCCAGUUUACCAGAAGGGUAUAAUACACCAGUUGGGGAGCGAGGUACACAACUAAGUGGUGGUCAGAAACAGCGUAUCGCUAUAGCGAGAGCAUUGAUUCGAAAUCCAAAAUUGUUAUUACUCGAUGAGGCCACAUCAGCCCUGGAUUCUGAGUCUGAAAAGAUCGUACAAAAUGCUCUAGACAGGGCAUCUGCUCAACGCACGAACGCUGAUUUAAUAUUGGUGGUAAAGAAGGGAAAAAUCGCAGAGCAAGGCAAACAUUUCGAUUUAAUAGCAAAACGUGGUCUUUAUUAUGAUUUGGUUAAUAGGCAGAUACUAGGUGUAAAUGGGGAUAAAUAG